UCUACCGCCAGGCGGCGUGCCAUACGUACAGCGACCGCGCGAUUAUUCCGUCUACCGAACGGAGGACGUAGUCAAUGCCUCGCGUCGCUAGUCGCUUGCGUCAACCGUUGUUUCAUGUUUGUUAAGUAGUUAAGAUUUUAGUCUGCCGCGCACCUUCGAGUCAGUCGAUUGGUCGUGUACGCAUAGUGAUUAUUAGGAAUUAUUCGUCUAAUGUUUGCAUUCCUUGUAGUAAAAUAGUUUUAGUUUAACGUAGAACUUGUUUAGUUUCUGUGUAUAAGUACUUCGUAUUAAACUGUGAUAGUGUUUGAGCCGUCUACAACGUAAAUAAGGCGGUGUGAACAACAACGUAUGCAGCAGGUAGACAUGAGUGGAUUGACCAUAAGAGUUAAAAGAGGAUCGAGGGGUAGUGCUACACUUUUAGAAGCAGCCAACAGAAUUCUCAAGCUACUUGGUGUCAGUUCCACGAAGCGCGGGAAACAGUCAUCGCCCAAAUCAAAGUCUACCGGCCGAGCCCCCGCGCCCGUGAGCCCGGCGCCCCCCGCCCCCGCGUCCCCCGCCGCCCCCGCCACCAUGCAGGCGCCCCCGGCCGCCGCCGCCCCCGCGCCGUCCCCCGCCAGUCCCCCGGCGCACGCUCACGCGCACCGGCACGCCAAGAGGACCGCCAGGGACUAUAUAUUUGGCAAACUGAUCGGCGACGGCUGCUACAGUACAGUCUUCCUAGCGAAGGACAUCCACACGGGAAAAGAAUAUGCAAUAAAAGUCUGCGAAAAGAGUCACAUAGUGCGCCACCAGAAAGUGCAAUACAUAAAACGGGAAAAAGACGCUUUGAACAAGCUAUUCAACGUGCCUCAUGGUUUUGUCAAAUUGUAUUGUACGUUCCAAGACGAGGAAAGACUAUAUUUUGUCUUAUCGUAUGCCAAAAAUGGUGAACUAUUGCACUAUAUAAACAAAGUUGGCUCUUUUGAAGUAGGUGUAGCAAAAUUUUACGCAGCUGAACUAUUGUUGGCAUUAGAAAGUAUGCACGCUGAGAAUAUCAUUCAUAGAGAUUUGAAGCCAGAAAAUAUACUUCUGGAUGAAAAUAUGCAUCUACAAAUAGCUGAUUUUGGAACAGUUAAAAUACUUAACGAUGAGGCAAUUCGGCCGAAAGCCCAAGACACAACAGAUGGCAAGCAAGCACCUAUAGAAAAGACUGAUGAUGAAAGUGAGCAAGAGAAGGACCGCUCCAGAAAGAUCAGUUUCGUUGGUACAGCGCAAUACGUGAGUCCCGAUCUCUUGCAGAACCGAAUAGACACGCGAGCGUCGGACUUAUGGGCCCUGGGCUGCAUCAUCUAUCAAAUGAUUUCAGGACUUCCGCCGUUUAGAGCUCCGAAUGAAUUUCUCACCUUCCAAAAAAUAUUGAAAAUGGAUUAUGAAUUCCCAGAAGGGUUUCCUGCAGAUGCAAAAGAUUUAGUUGAAAAGUUAUUAGUGUUAGACCAUAGUAAACGUCUUGGGGCUAACGAUGAAGGGCGAGUGUAUAAGAGCAUUCGGAAUCAUCCAUUCUUCAAUGGGAUCGAUUGGGAAAAUAUCUGGGAACAAACUCCACCAACGAUUUGUCCUUAUUUACCUGGAGGCUAUUUAGAAGAGAAAUAUACCGUACCAGACCACUUGGAGCCAGGAUUAGGCAAAAAUCAAUUAGUACGUCUGUGGGAGUUCGACCUAUCUACGUCAAGAGGUAUCUUAAACAUCACUCCUGAAGAAAGGCGUCGUCGGCUUGAGGCUCAGGCUCGUGAUAAUAAAUGGCACCAGUUUGUUGACGGAGAACUGAUUCUGAAGCAAGGCAUGGUUGAUAAGAGGAAAGGCCUGUUCGCAAGACGAAGGAUGCUGCUGUUGACGACGGGUCCGCGACUGUUUUACGUCGAUCCUGUUAAUAUGGUCCUCAAAGGGGAAAUUCCUUGGUCACCAGAUCUUCGCGUCGAGGCCAAGAACUUCAGAAUAUUUUUAGUUCAUACGCCCAAUCGUACGUACUACUUAGAAGACCCGCUAUCAUUCGCGUUGGAGUGGACGCGCGUCAUCGACGAGGUCCGCAUCGGCACCUACGGACGGGACACGACCUAGACGCGGCGCCCGCUGCCGCUCGCAACCACAGGACCGCUCCGCACGCCGCCUGCACUCGGACCGCACCCCAUGCUGUAAGUCUGCAAGGCCGCUGCCGAGGAGCGCCGCUCGAGCGGGCGCCGCCACAUAUGUUCCCAAGCGCACGAGACGCCCGCGCCGGCACUCAACCCUCAGCACUUCGAGGAGGACACGAGAAGACUUUCGAUCCGUAGUGUCGAAGCUAAACGACUGAUUCCUAUUAAUGAACCUGACGUAAAUUAUUCUAUAUUUAGGUUUCUUAUUUAAUUAUAUCAGUGAUAGGCGAUGAUUUGUAGAUAGGCGUAAAUUAUUAUUGCAAUUGUUUAGACAUAAAUAUAUAUUGUGUAUCAUGGCCACGUAUGUGACACAGGCAGUGUGAGCCUUUGUACGACUGGACCUGUUGAUCGCCACCCGCGUGUUCAUUUAGUUCGUUCCGGUUGGUAUUUAGGCAAUUGUAGCUAAAUUGAUAACUUAUUUAUUUAAUGAUUAGCUGACGGAAUGAGACUAUUGUACAGUUACUGCAUUAUGGGAAAACGGUUCGUUCCAGUUUAUAGUAUCACUCUCCAAUUGUUACUUGAUUGAUGUUGGAAUUGAAGUGACUAUGGGGAGCGAGAGAAGCGACAAUUAGAGGGUACAUUCAUUCUUAUAUUUGUACAAUUGAAAACAAGUUUGGGUAUUGUUGAUUACAUCUUAGUUUGAUAUUUAUAUUUGACUUGGUAGAACACUAUUACCGCUCUCCAAUAAGGUAUUGCCGAGAGCACUUUCACUAGCGCUUUUUAACCUGCAUAUUGUGCACUAAUAUAAUUUUUAAUAUUGGCAAAAGUAUACGAUAUGACCACCGAAGGUGUGAAGACUAGAACUUAUUUAUUUAUAAAUUAUGAUGAUUAUUAUUUUAAUUCAAUUAAUGUAAUGGUGAUUUAUCAGAAAUUUUGUAAUAUUUAUUAGUACUGUUGGUUGCCUAGUAAAAGAUUUUUUAUUUGGCUAUGUAAUCAGUGUCAUGGCUUUUGAUGUUGUAAUAACAAUAGGUUUUGUAUUUAUGUUGAAAUGCCUGUCAGAGAUGGGGCAAGCAAGCCCAUUGGAUUGUUUUUGGAGUAUUAAAUUGGAUGAAAUGUAAACUGACAUUAGAAACAAAAUAGUCACCUAAUUAUUUUAAGGAUGUUUUACAGAUAAUAAACAUUAUUUACAUAUCUAAUCAUAGAUACAAACACAUUAUUAAAAACAAAAUUGGAUUAUCCAUGACAUUGUCACAAAAUUUGCAUUAAAUUGAAUUGCUGUUAACUAGAUUAAAAUUAUUGUAAUACACAUAAAUUCCAUCAAAUAAGAAGUUAAAUAUAAAGUUGAUUUUU